GGUGUCGCCCCAGCUCCCCAAGCCCUGGGCCCCCUUUGUGCCGCGAGUCUCUGCUGCUCCGGGCAGCAGAGGCGCCUCUGCAGAAACGGUUUGGGGGGAGGUCUCUAUAGUAACAGUGGUGGCGGCAGCGGCUGCUUUCCUAGGGGGAGGGGGAAACAACCCCCGCCUUGGUUUCCAAAGGAUUGUUCUUUUCAUUUGCCCGCUUCGUGUAGUUCUUAUUCUUGCUGCCACCCGGGAUCGCAUCGCAGGGAGGGAUGGGCAGUGCCGCGGCUCGGAAGAGCUGAGGUAAGGAGGGGCGAAGUGAUAGCAAUAGCGACGGUACUAACAACGGUAAUAAUAGCUGCAGGAGAGGGACGUGUGGUGUUGCCGCCGCCCAAGGGGAGCCCCGCGCCCAUCAGCACCGGCACCCCUGCUGCCUUGUGCAGCCCGGGCUCCACCAGCCUCCCUCCCGUGCUGUCCUGCGUCCCAGGCUGGUCCGCUUCAAUUUCAGCAGGGAAUGUUACUCUCUUGGCCUUCUUUCUUGGCGAUGACUUUCAUCUGCAGGUGGAAUUUAUAAGCAUUUGACCAUACUCAAAAUGUGCAAGGAAGAAUAAUGGAAGCCCCUGAAUACCUUGAUUUGGAUGAAAUUGACUUUAGUGAUGACAUAUCUGACAAUAGGAGUCAAGGGAACAGGCUACAAAAGCUUGGAUUGGAGGACACAGGCAGGGAAGAUGCACUGGGCUUUGGUUCCCAUAGGGCCAAACUGACAGUAGUUGCUGCCCUGGGAGCCUGCCAUUGUCCUGAGAAUGAGUAUUCAGUCACAUCACUCAAGACGAUCCCAGAGCUGUGCCGAAGAUGUGAUACGCAAAACGAAGACAGAUCAGUUUCUAGCUCUAGCUGGAAUUGUGGCAUCUCAACUCUUAUUACAAACACACAGAAGCCCACAGGAAUCGCUGAUGUGUACAGUAAGUUCCGCCCAGUGAAGCGUGUUUCACCACUGAAACAUCAGCCAGAGACUCUGGAAAACAAUGAAAGUGAUGACCAAAAGAACCAGGAAGCAGUUGAGUACCAGAAAGGGGGUGAGUCUGACCCGGGCCCCCAGCCUGAGGAUCUCAGCCCUGGAGAUGGAGUGGGUGGCCCACCAGGUAAGAGCUCUGAGCCCAGCACAUCGCUGGGCGAACUGGAGCACUAUGACCUCGACAUGGAUGAGAUUCUGGAUGUGCCUUAUAUUAAAUCCAGUCAGCAGCUUGUCUCUUUUACCAAGGUAACUUCAGAAAAAAGAAUUUUGGGCUUAUGCACAACCAUCAAUGGCCUUUCUGGCAAAGUCUGCUCUACAGGAAGUUCUGAGAACUCACCCUCCAACAUGGCACCAUUUUGUGUUCUUUCUCCCAUGAAAAGCCCUCACUUGAGAAAAGCAUCAGCUGUCAUCCGCGAUCAGCACAAGCUGUCCACUGAAGAGCCCGAGAUCUCACCUCCACUGGUUAAAUGUGGCUCUGCGUAUGAGCCUGAAAACCAGAGUAAAGACUUCCUAAACAAGACAUUUAGUGAUUCUCAUGGUCGAAAAGUUGAGAAGACAACACCAGACUGCCAGCUCAGGGCCUUCCACUUGCAAUCCUCAGCAGCAGAAUCCAAACAAGAAGAGCAGGUCAGUAGCCUAAACUGGACCAGCUCCCAAAGCCCAGAAGAAAGAAGUGAGUAUCUGAAAAAAGUAAAAAGCAUCUUGAACAUUGUUAAAGAAGGACAAAUCUCUCUCCUGCCACACCUAGCUGCAGACAAUCUAGACAAAAUUCACGACGAAAAUGGAAACAAUCUAUUACAUAUUGCGGCGUCACAGGGACAUGCAGAGUGUCUGCAGCACCUCACUUCUUUGAUGGGAGAAGACUGCCUCAAUGAGCGUAACGCUGAGAAGUUGACUCCAGCAGGCCUGGCCAUCAAGAAUGGUCAGUUGGAGUGUGUACGCUGGAUGGUGAGCGAAACAGAAGCCAUUGCAGAACUGAGUUGCUCUAAGGAUUUUCCAAGCCUCAUUCAUUAUGCAGGUUGCUAUGGCCAGGAAAAGAUUCUUCUAUGGCUUCUUCAGUUUAUGCAAGAACAGGGCAUCUCAUUGGAUGAAGUAGACCAGGAUGGCAACAGUGCUGUUCAUGUAGCCUCACAGCAUGGCUACCUUGGGUGCAUACAGACCUUGGUUGAAUAUGGAGCAAAUGUCACCAUGCAGAACCACGCCGGGGAAAAGCCCUCCCAGAGCGCCGAGCGGCAGGGGCACACCCUGUGCUCCAGGUACCUGGUGGUGGUGGAGACCUGCAUGUCGCUGGCCUCUCAGGUUGUGAAGUUAACCAAGCAGCUGAAGGAACAAACAGUAGAACGUGUCACACUGCAGAACCAACUCCAGCAAUUUCUAGAAGCCCAGAAAUCAGAGGGCAAGUCACUCCCUUCUUCACCCAGUUCACCAUCCUCACCUGCCUCCAGAAAGUCCCAAUGGAAAUCUCCAGAUGCAGAUGAUGAUUCUAUACCCAAAAGCAAGCCAGGAGUCCAAGAGGGGAUUCAGGUUCUUGGAAGCCUCUCAGCCUCUAGCCGGGCUAGACCCAAAGCAAAAGACGAAGAUUCUGAUAAAAUCCUACGCCAGUUAUUGGGAAAGGAAAUCUCAGAGAAUGUCUGCACCCAGGAAAAACUGUCCUUGGAAUUCCAGGAUGCCCAGGCUUCCUCUAGAAAUUCUAAAAAGAUCCCACUGGAGAAGAGGGAACUGAAGUUAGCCAGGUUGAGACAUCUGAUGCAGAGGUCACUGAGUGAGUCUGACACAGACUCCAACAACUCUGAGGACCCCAAGAACACCCCAGUGAGGAAAGCAGACCGACCAAGGCCACAGCCCAUUGUAGAGAGUGUAGAGAGUAUGGACAGCACAGAAAGCCUGCACCUGAUGAUCAAGAAACAUACCUUGGCAUCAGGGGGACGGAGGUUUCCUUUCGGCAUCAAGGCCUCCAAAUCCCUGGAUGGCCAUAGCCCAUCUCCCACCUCAGAGAGCAGUGAACCAGACUUGGAAUCCCAGUAUCCAGGCUCAGGGAGCACUCCUCCAAACCAGCCUUCUGGUGACCCUCCACAGCCCAGCCCUGACAGCACUGCAGCCCAGAAAGUUGCCACAAGUCCCAAGAGUGCCCUCAAGUCUCCAUCUUCCAAGCGCAGGACAUCUCAGAACUUGAAACUGAGAGUUACCUUUGAGGAGCCUGUGGUGCAGAUGGAGCAGCCUAGCCUUGAACUGAAUGGAGAAAAAGACAAAGACAAGGGCAGGACUCUCCAGCGGACCUCCACAAGUAACGAAUCAGGGGAUCAACUGAAAAGGCCUUUUGGAGCCUUUCGAUCUAUCAUGGAGACGCUAAGUGGCAACCAGAACAAUAAUAAUAACUAUCAGGCAGCCAACCAGCUGAAGACCUCUACAUUGCCCUUGACCUCACUUGGGAGGAAGACAACAGAUGCCAAGGGAAACCCUGCCAGCUCUGCUAGCAAAGGAAAGAAUAAGGCUGAAAUGUACAGCAGCUGCAUCAAUCUUUCCUCUAACACGCUGAUUGAAGAGCAUCUGCGUAACUACGCACGGCAUAAUGACAUCAAUAGAAAAAUGAAGAAAUCCUACAGCAUAAAGCACAUUGCUGAGCCAGAGUCAAAAGAACUCUUUUUGUAAAUCACUUUUUAAAUUCCCUCACUGAUGCCCUUUGGACAUUAUUGGAAAUUUCUGGACUGUCCUCAAUGGAAAGAGAACCAUGGGAACAAUGCCUCACCAGCAGAAGAACAGAAUAUCAGGAUGCCUUAAAUUUAUAGUAGUGGACUGUAAAAGAUUCAUUUUGGGGUGAUAUCUGUAUAUAUAACUUGUUUUUUAAAGAGAUGCUGUUUAAAAGCAUGAUUGGGAAAAUGUAUGUUUUUUUAAGAUUAGAUUGAUUCACCCUAGCCAGCGGACAUUCACCAAGCCACUGAUGCCAUUUUGUAUUUCAUCAAUUGCAUGAGUAUUUGCUAAUGUUUGUUGAAUGUCCUUUUCCCCAUAACGUGGGCAGAUUUGGCUCAGCUCCUUCAUGAGAUCAGGUCGGUGGUAUUGUUUUCUGUCAAGAGUGUUUUUUCUGUCAUUUCUACUUUUUGUAUAAAGGAAAUAAAACAAUGUUAACAGCCACCUAAAAGCUUGGAACACCUACUUUCUAACAAAUCUGUGAUGUUCUGAUUUCUAAGGGGCAUUGCAAGUAUUUUGAUUGCUGAUAUUUGAUUUCAGGAACAAACUGCUCAGUUUAGCAGUUUUCCCAUAAGGGUCAAAUAAAACAUUCUAUAUUUCGUUAAGUACUAAAUGAUCAGACAAGUAUAUAAAGUCAGUCAGUUCCUUCUGCUUUCUCAAAUCUCAGUGUUGACAUGGGAAAAUACUAAGGAGAACUAAGGAUUUAGCCCCUUCUUGGGUCACUUUUUUCUUCUUCUGACACAUUAUGAGACCUGUCUAAUCCCUUUAGGAGACAGUGUGGAGCCCAAGUUCAUAACAGUCCCAUUGUUGAUGCAGCACUUUCACUCCAUGUAAGCAGUAAGUUCCAGAAGGCUUCCUCCUAUCAUGUAAAAAUAUAUUUCUGUUGAAACUUCAAGCGUUUUAUUUUCAAAGUGUUGGCAUGGCCUGUAAGAGGCCUGUCAAGUUUUAGUUUAAAAGUAGAAUGUAUUCUUACCAGUAGGAGGGAAUACUGUAUGCUAUUACAGUUCCUAGCAAUGUUACUGCAGCCAAAUCAGUCAAAUGUGAACCAUUCCUGUGUCCUGAUGCACAAAGCAGAUAAAAUGACUGAAUUAAGAGGUAAUCUUGCAUAUGUAGGUCACCUGAAAAACUUGGCCUCGAUGAGAUGCAAUUAGGUAUAGAAGGAGCUAAUAAUAUCUGAGUGCCUUUUAUGUACCGGACACUAUUAUACAGUGAUAUUACUACUUAAAUUUUGUAGAUUAGAAAACAAAAGUUUGGAAUGUCUUAAGUCCUGUGUCCCGGGUUGCACUACUAGAAAUCCCGUGACUAGGCUUUGGUACGUAUUUGCCUGUUAUCCCCUCUACACUAGUGAUCCUACACUGUGCUGUCUCUCUAGUGCACUGACUGCUGGACUCGCACACAGGAAGCAUGAGUUCUAGUGUCGGCUCUUCUUCUAACAAUGCUUUGAUCUCAGGCAAGGGACAUUGCCCUGCCCAAGAAAUCUGGAAGGGGCAAGACAGGCCUACAUGCAAAUCAAGGAGAAUAAGUUUCCUUUCAAAUUUACAGAGCAACACAGCUAUGAAUUUUAGUUCAUGUGCUGUCUCCUUGUCUGGGUCCUGUGAGUUGCUACUGUUGAAGCCUGCUGCCAUGUGUGAACCUUCAUUUAUCACACGGUCUUUUCCUCAAAUGAGAUGCCCUUGCUCUGAUUUAUGGCUCCUUGGCCUUAUCCUCCCACUUUGAUUGCUUCCUCAUAUUUCACUACUUUGUCCUAUUGCUUGAGAUUCUAAUAGAGAAUUUAUGGCAAGCACAUGUGAAAUGUAGACUCCUGUGUUUUCUUUCUGCUUGGUGCAGAGGAGGUAAUGGUGAGGUCACACAGCCAACCUUUGGGAUUUGGCCAAAAUGAAGCCUCAAAGAAAGAGGACCCUGUAAGUGCUCUUUCUGUCUCCCAGAGGUUCCAGUUUUGUUCUUAAAACUAUGUUUUUAAAUGUGAAAGAUGAAGGGGCUAGCCAUUCUGCAGAGAUUUCAUAAGCCACAUAGAGUUCCCAAUUAAAUAUAGCAAAGAAAAUUUCAAGACUUUGAAAGAAAGAGAUGUUACUUUGACUUAGAAAACACUGGCAAUUCAGUUGUUCAGUGACACUAACAUUUUAGCUUCCACAGUGUGAGUACAGAAGAGCAAAGAAUAAAAAAAGGUAAAAUUGGGAAGUUGAGCAGAUUCAGAUCAGCCAGACUGCAAGAUAAUGCAUUCUGUUUAAUGAUGAGGGAUGCUAGGAUACUAAAAAUAAUGGCCCUUAAAUUUUACAUGUAUCUAUCUUUGCUGUCCACCUUCCUUAUGAAAUUGAUACAUUAUGGUUACUUGAAAUUAGUACAAAUGAUGUUUUCUUUACCACAGA